AUGUCGAAUCCUAACGACCCUCCCCUCGACGAGAUUCAAUGGCGCUCUCCAAUGGCCAUCGCGCAAAUGGGCGGCCUACACAGCAACACCGUCCUUUUUUACUUUGCUGAGUCGCCAUUCUUCGAGCGCACAUCAAACAACGCCGUUGUAUAUAACCAAGCAAUGAACGUACCUUCGAUGUAUCCCGUCAUACAAAAUCGCGAAAGUUUCGAAUUGCAUCUCAACACUAUGUCUGGUCUUGAGUUCAGGGUUGCGGAGGAGCCCGCUGAGACUGGCCCAGGAGCUGGUACAGGUGUAUGGGUUAUUCGCAAGCAGACACGGCGGAAGUCAGCAUACGAAGACGAUGAAAUUACUGUACACUCUUCCUACUUUGUUGUGGGGGAGAACAUCUAUAUGGCACCGACUAUGAGUGGCAUUUUGGCUGCUAGAAUCAUGACGAUAUGUUCUUCCGUCACCAAAGCAGUGACAGCGGCAGAAUCUGUUCGAAAAUGGGGACCUUCAAUCGGCAACCACUACCAGCUUCCCACAGCAAAGACACCAACCAAAUCAAAGAACCAGGACUCAGCUGCGGCAACUCCAAUGCCUGUAUCAGAGGAACCCAGUAAAGCCCCAGCUGCCCCUCCGGCUGUGACACAGAAAGACGACGAGAAGGCCCUGGAAAGACUGGCAGAAGAGUCUUUCAUGAUCCACAUGAAAUAUGGCGGCGAGUACAUUGACGAGAACCCUAUUACAGGUCGCCCGGGAGAGUUCCACCUCACAUCCACAGGGCGCAAACCACCGCAGCUUGCAAAGAAGGACGGGCCUAUUAGAAGUAUCAAUGGUCCAACAAUUAACACAAAAGUUGAAGACAAGAAGGAGACCAAGGAAAAGACACCUAAAUCAGCGACUGCGCCUAAGCCAAAGCGUAAGAAGAGCAAAAUGGUCAACACUACCACACCAGCUGCCUCUUGA